CUUCUUUAUUGAGGAAUCCGUCGCUGGCCGUCAUCGCGUGCGCAAUUUCGCAAGUUUCUGGUAAAGCUGAAGGGGGGCAGAAACACGAGGGGGGGGCACGAGGGUAGAAAGCAGGAGUCGUCGCCCUGGAGUCCUCCGUUCACAUUUCACGACAUCUAAAAUCAGCUGGAUUCAGACAGAUGUAAAAGAAGAAGAAGAGGAAGGAAAAAGCCCUCGUGGAUUUCCUCCGUGUGGAUUUUAAUAGGGAUCGUUCAGGACCCCGGAGAGCGCCAGACGCUUGCGCGGCUGCCGUUUCUUCAGCCGCUUCCCGUCGUUUCUGCACGCGCCAGAUAGACAGCUGGUGUGAGCCUGGUCCCAAGCAGCUGCAGGCAAAAACACUGACAGCUUAACAGAUGGCCGUAUCGCAUCAGCGUUCCUGCUGUGCCGUUUGAUGCUGCAACUGGACACGGUUGUCAAACACGUCCUCACAGCUGGGCUCGGGGCACCUGAAAUAGAGGAGUUGCCGUCAGAACCUGUCCGCAGACCGCCACUUCGCUUCUCAUUUAGCGUUACGGGCCAAGUCAGGCGAGGGGGGUGAGGAUGCGAGUGAAGCCCAGCGAGACAGCCUCCCCAUGUGGGUGCCAUGGAUGAACUCUGGCCCUUGAAGCUGCUGUAUCGAUGUCUGGGUGAUGAAUGGCUGCUGUACAAAGUCAAUUGUCCACUGCUGCCCUAUCCUUCACAUAGAAGUCCCUGGACUUAAUAUACAUCGACAUUCAAAGACUGCUCGGUCAUUUUUGCUGGACCUACAGCCUGAACGGUCCCGUUAUUUUUCCUGGAAACGGUCUGAUAACUCAAGCAACUGACUCAGCAGACAUCUUUCUUACACGCACAAGCUCUCGACUCCCUUCUCGUUUGACACAGCCAGCCAUUUAUAAUCUGAAAACCACACUCGAUCUGUGUGCCCACUACGGAUUUCCCCUCGCUCUCAGCAUGUACUCCGGAUGCAGGAAAAUCAUGGCAUUUUAUCCAUAAAUGCAAAGGCGUGGUUGGCUUGCAGUCUCAGUAGUCUAGCAGGAUCAAUGGAACCUCAGUGAGUAAUGAGCAGAUAGCCUCUUCCAUUCAGUGAGCCAGAGAGGAAUCACCUGCCAAAACCCAGCUUUGCCUUCCUCUCUCAGACUCCCAUUUCCAUUGCAAAACAGUUCGGCUCCAGCCUCUGCCUGAACUCAAAAUCCAUUUUGUACUGCUUCAAACUGGAAUUACUGCAUCUCUUCAAGAAACAAAGACUGCAUUGCAACACAAAAAAAUGUUAAAUGUCUUGGUCUGUUGUAAUCUAGGACUUACAUUUCCCUUACCAGAAUUACAGUAGCUACAGCAAGAAAAAAAGAAUCCAUUUGCCUCUGUCCUCUGCCUGGCAAGAAAGACAAAUGACUCUCAUAGUCAUGCUCGCUCACAAGGAUUAGACAUAUAAAAGCAGUCUCUCAAUUUACCAUAACGUAUUUCAGCCUUGUAGAAAUGGGAAACAGCUUUUGCACAAAAGGAGAGAGCCCACAGGCAAGCAAAACACAGUAAAAGGAGCUGGGGAAAGUAAUUGAAACCGGACUCCAAAGGCUAAGGCUGACGUAACAGUGACUUUGGUGCUAGAGGUGGUGGCACUAGCCAUGGUGUUGCCACCACCGGACAAACGACACGUCUGUCUUACCACUAUUGUCAUCAUGACCAGCAUGGCCUUCAUGGACGCUUACCUGGUGGAACAGAAUCAGGGCCCACGAAAGAUUGGGGUCUGCAUCAUCGUCCUAGUUGGGGACGUGUGUUUCCUCAUAGUCCUCCGCUAUGUAGCCGUCUGGGUUGGGGCCGAAGUUCGGACGGCCCGCCGCGGCUAUGCCAUGAUCCUUUGGUUCCUCUACAUCUUUGUACUGGAAAUCAAGCUCUACUUCGUCUUUCAAAAUUGCAAGGCGGACCGCAAGAGUCUUGAAACUGUGGCGCGGAAGGCUUUGACUUUGCUCCUGUCUGUUUGCGUCCCGGGACUCUACCUAGUCCUGGUGGCACUGGACAGCAUGGAAUACGUUCGGACAUUUAGGAAGAAAGAGGAUAUGAGGGGAAGGCUCUUCUGGGUGGCCCUGGACUUGCUGGACCUUCUCGACAUCCAGGCAAACCUUUGGGAACCCCAGCGAACAGGGUUACCCAUUUGGGCAGAAGGACUAAUGUUCUUCUACUGCUACAUACUUCUGCUGAUCCUUCCUUGUGUAUCACUGAGUGAGAUCAGUGUGCAAGGAGAACACGUAUCACCCCAGAAGAUGAUGCUGUACCCCAUGCUCAGCCUGGUCACCAUCAACGUGGUUACCAUCCUGAUACGUGGAGUCAACAUGGUGCUCUUUCAGGACAGCCGCGUCUCUACUAUCUUCGUCGGCAAGAACGUGGUGGCGAUAGCCACCAAGGCAUGUACCUUCCUGGAGUACCGUAAACAGUGCCGGGAAUUUCCGGCGGCACGAGAGAACACAACUGGUAUUCCCAUGGAAAUCCAGCAGAACUCGGUGGGACAUGGGCAGGCUCUACCAAACGCAACAAGCCUUCCACAUGAACCUACACCAGUGCAAGAGAUUAUUGACACAUGACCUGUAGUAAUUCGUCAAGGCUCCAUCCUGACAGUUCUACCAGUCACUAUCAGAUCUGAGGAAUGCAUGAGGGACUUGGCAUUUGCUAGUAGUGGGUUUUAACUGAAUGAUUGUGUGUUGUGGGACUUGCUUGUAUCUUUUUUGAGGAUUUACUCGUUCCAGUUUUGGACUAAUAAUAAAUGAAGGAAAGGGGGAAUAAACUAAAACUUUGAAACACAUAUACAUGAGCACCUCCUACAGACGUUGAAAAAAAACAUCAAAGAUUCAAAGAAAGACUUUUUUUUUACUGACUGAGGGUGCCAUGUUUUGCCAGAGUGAAUACAUUUAUCUCAGUAACGGCUGAGUGACAGCAGCUUGACAUGUUUCCUUUCAAGAACUUUUGGGAACAUGUUUUUUCUAAUGCUGCUUUUCCUUUCGCUGCCUACCUGACUCACCAGAAGAUAUUAGCAGCUCUCUAAAUUAGCUCCGCAGAGGUGGAUGGACUUUGGGGAGGUCUACGAUGGAAGCAGAGAGCUAGUCGUUUGUGCUGCAACAAUUCUGAAUGUCCAUUUUUGUCAGUGUGUAUGACCAAAUGUUGGAGGAAGACUCCAAAAUCAGCACUGUCUUCUCAGCUGAAUCAAAGUACUGCAGUGUAUGUUUAUGUACGCACAUACACUUGUACAUACAGGAGUGUAAGUGGGCCAGUAUGUGGAUUUAUUAAUGAGAAAAAUAUAAAAGAGGGAUUAUAGGAGAUUAUAGGAUCUUAAUCGGGGGGGCGGGGGGGUUGGACAGUUAAAACAUUAUGAUAUAUCUUGCUGUACAUUCCCUCACAAAAAGCCUUGAAGUCAGUGAAUGCACUUGCAGAUUUUAUUUGACGUAAGUAAACCAGAAAUUAUUAUUAUUAUUAUUAUUAUUAUUAUUAUUAUUAUUAUUAUUAUUAUUAUUAUAUGUGCCAGUGUGCUUUUUACAUUUAUGUUGGAGGGUGUUUAAUAAAAAAGAGCACUUAAUCCUUGUGUUUAAGUGAUUGAUAGAGUCUAAAGAUACGCAGUUCUUUCUUUAGUUGGCAGGUACUCUAUGACAAUGGUUAGUAAUUAGGCUCUAAGAGGAAAUCCACUGGAGGAUAUUGUGAAAGCAGCUGUCAUCUUGUCCUCACUUCAAAUGGCUACUGUCAAAGCAGGCUAAAUAAGGUAAACGUUGCACAUGUUUGAUUAAACCGUGGCUGGAAAAAAUAUUGUAGGGGGAAAGACAGAAAGAAAGAAAAUAGCAAACAGAAUAAAUUACCUGUAGCCACAUCAUGAGCUAACCUUUCCUAGCUUUCCAAGGGACCCAUUCAUAAAUCAUCAGGAAAUGAAUUGUGUCUCUCUCAGCAGGGUCAUCAUCAGCAGUAGCAGGAAUAUUUUAUGACAGGUGCUUUUGGGUAACUGAACUACCUAGAGCAGGGGCUGAUGCACAGACCAUAUUUAUGUGAAGUGGGUUCAGAAAAAGCAGGGAUCUAGCCUAACCUGGUGAACAUAAUUCAUUAAUGAUGAACUACAAACUGGCAGGACUAGAAAGACAAACGACUGCAAACAGCUUCUGUGUGUUACACAGCACUAUUUCAAAGCUGCAUCCAUAUUUAGGUUAUCCCAGACACUGUAGGAUGCAGUGUGAACUGUGACUAUUAGAAUUAGGUCUCCAGUUUGGACCAAACAUGUCAAAUCUCUUUGUUCUGGGUCAAGUCAAAUUAAAGCUUAUUUACUGUCUGUAGCAUUUCUUACAACAUGAUGUCUAAUAGUGUGUUAGCGCUAUGCUGUGGUGUGGGCAUGAACAUUUUUUGGCCCUUCUAGAUUAAACACAGAGAUCUGAAGCUCAUUAAUGAUAUUCAUCAUUCAUUCGUUCAUUUUUCUAAACCAUUUGCUCCAGCUAGGGUCGUGGUCGUCCCCUGCAACUUCCUUCAGCUCAUCCUGGGGGAACGCUGAGCCACUCCCAGGCCAACCUGGAGACAUAUUUCCUCCAGCGGGUCCUAGGAUGACCUUAGGGUCUAAAUUAUGCUCCAUAUAUUUUAUUU